AUGGCAGGCGCACUCCUACUCGACUCCCUCCUCAGCAGGACCAUCCCAGCCAGACUGCUCAUCCUCCAGGACUGUCCAGCCCAAUCAGCACACCCAAUCAUACACCAACUCAACACCACCAUCCUCAUCAGCACCAGCAGCAGCACUCCAUCAACAACAGCAACAACAACAACAUCCCACUUCAAUCUCAACCAACUAACAACCGAACAGUAUCGGAACACCAUCCUCAAUGCCAUCUCCAUCCAGAAAGCAUCACCCGUCUCGAUCGUCCUCAACUCCAUCCAGGAACUCUGUCAGCUGAUCUCUGACCACCUGGCCUUCAAAUUCAUCAGGAAUAUAUUAGAACUCUUGCCGAAUCCCGAAUCCCGUCUGAUCGUAGUCGAUUCCCCUCAUCUCCAAAUCAGUUCCUCGAACAAGAGCGUCGACUGCUCCACCGCCCUCCGCUCCUCAUCGCUGUCGACGAGCUACAUACAUCUGACGCUGCAUCCGACCAGUCUGCUCGACCAUCUGAUCAAUGUCUAUGGGCUGCCGGUGCCGAUGCCGUCGCGGCAGCCAGUGGGGACGCAUUACGACGUGCGUCUGUUCGGCUUGCUGGCCGAGCUAGCUGGGGAGUGUGAGCCGUAUCUGGAGCCGAUCGGCGGGGGGAAGGACGGGCUUCAGGUGGUCCCUCAAGCGCUCUUGGUCCCCCCUUCUCUCGCCGAAUCCUGCUCGCCCAACAUCCUCGGAACCUGCAUCGUCCAAUGGGCGGCCAAGAACGUGCCCCUCGCCCCAUCCAUUCCCUCCGCCUCCAUCGCCCUCAAACCCGCCACGCUUAAGAAAAACGCCCGCAUCGGAAGACCGUCCACCCAUCUCGCCGCCAUCCAAGUCGGCCUCGAGGCCCUCAAACUCGUGCCCACUCCCCUUGGAUUCACACUCCUCCCUUUACCGGUCUCCAAGGUCCUCGUCAAGCGCACUUUCAAGCUCUUCACCGGACCAAUCAACCAGUCCACUCCUACAUCCGAUACCCAUCAACACCAACUUACCUUCAACUUGGCCUUGACCGACAAGCAACGUGCCGAGCGAGAAGCCGUCGCGUUGCCGUUCCUCCCUCGACGAGCUGAGGAUGGCACAGUGAUCGAGGCGCCGGGACAGAUGUUUGACGGCUCGUUCCAGAACUUUCUUCCUUCCAAUAACAUCAAUAUCAACAGUAAUAAUACUCAUAAUAAUCCGAACAAUGCGGCGAAGAGUGGGAUGAUUCUCUACGAGCCCGACUCGGCUGACGACUUGGACGACGAAGAGCCCGACGACGAGCUCUGAUGAGGCGUCUUUUUUGGUCUGAGAGAGCAUCGGCUGGGCCUCUGUCAUCGGCUUUCUGGCCCCACUCCUCCGAAGAAAAAGAAGAAGAAAGAAAAAGGAUAUUUUAUGGAAUAUUGGGGUUGUGUUCAUUCAUCUACUUGCUUAUAUAUAUCGUUGAGAUUUGUACGUGGUCGAAUGGGCGUGGACCGGGCCUGCGGUUUUUUUUAUAAGCUUCCGGUACAGACCACGACCGCGAUAUCUUCAAUGAAUCUUUUGUGGUUACUCUUAAUUCUUUGUUUCUUCAGGCGGCUCUGCAAUCGUCCAGUUGGAGAUUUACCACACAUUCUGGACAAAAAAGAAGUCCGCACAAUCUAUAUUCACAAGGAGCAUCCAUCCCUCCUGAGUUCCAAGCC